AUGGGGAAGAAAGGAUUCAUGAUAAUUAAGAUUGAUCUUGAAAAGGCAGAUGAUUGUGUUAGGUGGGAUUUUCUGACUAAAUGUUUGCAGGAGAUGGCAUUGCCUCAAAAUAUGAUUGAUAUCAUUAUCAAUUGUGUCUCUUCUAUAAAUUUGGGUAAAUAUUUGGGUGUUGCUCUCCAUCAUAAAAGAGUAGACAAGACUAUGUUUCAGGAGAUUGUGGAUAAGGUCACAGCUCAGUUGUCUAGUUGGAAAGCUAACUUGCUAUCUCUAGGGGGUAGAACCACCUUAAUUUCUUCUAUUACUUUUGCAAUACUUGGAUGUAUUAUGCAAGUAGCUCAUUUGCCUGCCAGUAUGUGUGAAGUGCUUGAUAAACAUAAUCGAACCUUUUUAUGGGGCAAAACGGGGGAUAGGGGGAAGUUAGGAUGGAGUCUGGUAAAGAAAAAGGACGAGUUUUGGGUCAGAGUUAUCCGAAGCAAAUACAAGUGUGGAGAUGAUUUAAUUCUUAAAAUUUACGUAAAGCGGCCAGGAUCAAAUAUAUGGUCAACUAUUGAGGCAAUGUGGGAGACGGUGAAGACAGGGCUUGAGGAUACAGGGUCAGGCCGGUGCAUGCGAUCUAUCAGAGGAUCUGAUGGGAACUUCAUUAUUGGCUUCAUUCACAGACUGGAUGGAAGAGAUAACCUGACUGCCGAGCUAUGGGCUUGUGUACAUGGGUUAAAGACUACUUGGGAUACGGUCUAUCAGCAUGUUAUUCUAGAAUCUGACUCUUAA